AUGACAACCCCCACCAACACCACCAACACCACAUCCUCCACCUCCACCACCACCACCACCACCACAUCAACAACAACUUCCCCCUCCACAUCAUCACAUCCUCCAUCCUCAACCUCCGUCUCAACCCUCGACCUCCACAACCUCACCUACCUCACCCCCACAGACGACAACCUCCAAUGCCCCAUCUGCCACUCGCCCCUCCUCGACCCCGUCACCACAAACUGCCGCCACACCUUCUGUGCGCCCUGCAUCGCCUCCUCACUCGAGCACUCGGCCUCAUGCCCCGUCGACCGCAAGCCAUUGACGCCCGACGGCGUCUCGCCCGCCCCAAUCAUGGUUGCCAGUCUCGUCAACGACCUGCUCGUCCUCUGCCCCAACGCCGAGCUCGGCUGCCCGACAACCUGCGCGCGCUACCUCCUCGCCGGUCACCUCCGCGACGCUUGCGGCUUCGUCGAGGUCAAGUGUAGCGGCUGUGAUGACCUUGUGCUGAGGAAAGACGCCGCCGAGGAGGACUGCAUGCACCAGGUGCUCGAGUGUGCGUACUGCUUUGAGAGCUUCAGGAGGAUCGAUAUGGAGGUGCACGAAUCUCACUGCCCUCAGAUCCUCGCCGAAUGCCCCUACUGCACCACCGAACAAACGCGCGCCACCAUCACCGCCCACACCGCCGCCUGCCCCUCCGCACCCACGCUCUGCCCCGCCAGCACCAUCGGCUGCCCAUGGGCCGGCGCGCGCCGCGACCUCCCCGCCCACACCUCCCUCUGCGCAUUCACGCUGCUCCGCCCCGUGCUCGCCGCCCACACGGCGCGCCUCGAGACGCUGGAGCUCGAGAACCGUGCGCUGCGCAAAAAGAUCGACAUCCUGCUGCCGCCCGGGCGCGACGACGACGGCCCCGUGUACGACGACCAGACGAUACAGCUGCUGACGGAGCAGGAGCAUCUGCGCGGCGAUGUCGAGAGGCUGAGCGCCAGUCUGGGCGAGAUGGAGAUUAAGCAGAGUAUGCUGCUGAUGAAUGAGACGCUGAGGACGAAGGAGGAGAUGGCGGGGAUGAGGGCGGCGAUUAAUGGCAUGAGGAUGCAGAUUCAUUGGUUGUUGACGGCGAGGCUGCAGAGGGCGGGGCCGGGGCCUGGGGAGAGGGCCGAGGCGGGCGCGGGGAGUGUGAGGAGGGUGACGGAAGGGGGGGCGGCGGGGUCGCAGGGGGUGCAGGGGGAUAGGGUUAAGCUUUAG